CAUCUAUGAACUGAGAGUCUUGUUGAAGACUUUCACUCUCUUCUAUCGCUGCUGGAUUUACCCUUUUCAUUAAAACUAAGGAUUUCUAUUUCAAGCCAACAUCUGGAGUUUCAAACUGCGGAUCUAUGCGAGUCAACCACAUUUGUGAAGUUGAAGAGGAGGAAUGUAUCGUUUCUUAGUGAAACUAACAUUUCUGAUUCCAGCAAUCGUCCUCUCACAAGGUCUAAAAUGCUCCCUGCCCACUGAGUCGUGCCUAAAUGGAGGAAGGUGUGAAUCUACUCUAAAUGGCAAUGGAGAAUGCAAGUGUCCCAGUGAUUAUGUAGGCAACCGGUGCCAGUAUCCUAGCCCAUGUAGUCCUUCACCCUGCCGCAACGAUGGCGAAUGUCGUGCCAUUUCCCAUGGCAACACAUUUGAGUUCCACUGUGUGUGCCGCCCGGGCUUCACUGACAGACUAUGCCUGACCCCGACCAACCAUGCCUGCAUGAGCUCCCCAUGUCGCAAUGGAGGAACGUGUGAUCUGAUUACUCUCAAUUUUUUCCGCUGCCACUGUCCUCCAGGAUGGUCAGGCCAAACCUGCCAGAUACCUAACCCAUGUGCUUCCAAUCCAUGUGCAAAUGGUGGCCAGUGCUCAGCCUUAGAUUCCACGUAUAAGUGCACCUGCCCGCCCAACUUCCACGGUCAAACAUGCAAGCAAGACGUAAACGAGUGUGCCCAGACUCCCUCUCUAUGUCUUAAUGGUGGUGUAUGCGUGAAUGAGGUUGGCUCGUAUCAUUGCCGCUGUCCUCAAGACUUUACUGGCCAUCACUGUGAGACCCCUUACAUGCCAUGCAGCCCCUCACCAUGCCAAAAUGGAGGUACCUGUGUCCAGAAGGGAGAUACCACCUACGACUGUAGCUGCCUUCUAGGCUUCACAGGCCAGCAUUGUGAGCACAACAUCGAUGAUUGUCCAAGUCACAACUGUCAGAAUGGUGGUGUGUGCGUGGAUGGGGUGAACACCUACAAUUGCCAGUGCCCACCUCAUUACACAGGUCAAUACUGCACAGAAAAUGUGGAUGAGUGUGAAUUGAUGCCCAAUGCAUGUCAGAAUGGAGGAACAUGCCACGACACACAUGGCAGCUACCACUGUGUCUGUGUCAACGGGUGGACCGGAGACGACUGCAGUGAGAACAUUGAUGACUGUGCCAGUGCAGCUUGCUAUCAUGGCGCUACCUGCCACGACCGUGUGGCCUCAUUCUUCUGCGAGUGCCCUCAUGGACGCACAGGUUUACUUUGCCACCUUGAUGAUGCCUGCAUCAGCAACCCAUGUCAAAAGGGCUCUAACUGUGACACCAACCCAGUCAAUGGAAAGGCAAUAUGCACCUGUCCCCCAGGUUACACAGGAUCAGCCUGCAACUUGGAUAUUGAUGAGUGCUCCCUUGGUGCCAACCCCUGUGAGCAUGGUGGUCGCUGUCUCAACACAAAAGGCUCUUUCCAGUGCAAGUGUCUUCAAGGAUAUGAAGGUCCACGUUGCGAGAUGGAUGUAAAUGAAUGCAUGUCCAAUCCCUGCCAUAAUGAUGCAACCUGUCUUGACCAGAUUGGAGGGUUCCACUGCAUCUGUAUGCCAGGAUAUGAAGGUGUGUUCUGCCACAUCAACACAGAUGAGUGUGCCAGUCAGCCUUGUCUCAAUAAUGGCAAGUGCAUAGACAAGAUCAACUCCUUCCACUGCGAGUGCCCCAAAGGAUUUUCAGGAAGCCUGUGUCAGGUUGAUAUUGAUGAGUGUGCCAGCACCCCCUGCAAGAAUGGAGCUAAAUGUACUGAUGGACCCAACAAGUAUACUUGUGAAUGUGCUGAAGGCUACACAGGGCAGCACUGUGAAAUUGACAUUAAUGAGUGCUACUCUGAUCCCUGCCACUAUGGCACAUGUAAAGAUGGCCUGGCAUCCUUCACCUGCUAUUGCCGCCCUGGCUACACUGGUCGCUUGUGUGAGACCAACAUCAAUGAGUGUCUGAGCCAGCCUUGUAAGAACGGUGGCACUUGCCAGGACAGGGAGAACUCCUACAUCUGCUCCUGCCCUGCAGGCACUGCUGGCUUUAACUGUGAGAUUAACCUGGAUGACUGCAAGAGCAAGCCCUGCGACUAUGGGAGAUGCAUCGACAAAAUCAAUGGCUAUGAGUGUGCAUGUGAGCCCGGUUACACAGGCACAAUGUGUAACAUUAACAUCGACGACUGUGCCAUCAAUCCGUGUCAUAAUGGAGGAACAUGUGUUGAUGGCAUCAACAGCUUCACAUGCCUCUGCCCAGAGGGCUACAAUGAUGCCACCUGUUUGUCACAGGUGGACGAGUGUGGCAGCAACCCCUGUAUCCAUGGCCGAUGUCAGGAUCUCAUUAAUGGCUACAAAUGUACUUGUGACUCAGGCUGGAGCGGCCAAAACUGUGACAUCAAUAACAAUGAAUGUGAAUCCAACCCCUGCAUGAAUGGGGGAACCUGCAAGGACAUGACUAGUGGAUACCACUGCACAUGCAGAGCUGGCUUUACUGGGCCUAACUGCCAAACUAACAUCAAUGAGUGUGCCUCCAACCCCUGCCUCAACCAGGGAACCUGCAUCGAUGAUGUUGCUGGAUACAAGUGCAACUGUUUGCUGCCUUACACUGGUGAAAACUGUGAGACCCUCUUGGCCCCCUGCAGCCCCCGACCCUGUAAAAAUGGUGGAAUAUGUAAGGAGGCUGAAGAUUAUCAGAGCUUCUCCUGUAUUUGCCCUGAGGGUUGGCAAGGCCAGACAUGUGAGAUUGAUAUCAAUGAAUGUGUGAAAAGCCCAUGCCGCAACGGUGCCCUUUGCCUCAACACUAUGGGUGGCUACCAGUGCAAGUGCCAACCAGGUUACACUGGCCAGAAGUGUGAGACAGACAUUGAUGACUGCAAACCAAAUCCAUGCAGUAAUGGAGGUUUGUGCCAUGAUGACAUCAACAGUUUCAAAUGUACCUGUCUACCUGGGUUUAGUGGCCGCAGGUGUGAGCAGGACAUAAAUGAGUGUGAGAGUAACCCUUGUAAGAAUGGGGCCAACUGCACUGACUGCGUCAACAGCUACACCUGCACCUGCCCACCUGGUUUCAGUGGUAUUAACUGUGAGAUCAACACCAAUGACUGCACUGAGAGCUCUUGCUUGAAUGGCGGCACAUGUGUGGAUGGAAUCAACGCCUUCACUUGCCUGUGUUUAACUGGAUUCACUGGCAGCUACUGCCAAUAUGAUAUAAAUGAGUGUGACUCCAAGCCAUGCCUCAAUGGAGGCACCUGCCUGGAUGGUUAUGGAACAUACAAGUGCACCUGUCCCCACGGCUACACAGGAGUCAAUUGUCAGAAUCUUGUGCGCUGGUGUGAUUCUUCCCCCUGUAAAAAUGGAGGGUCUUGCUGGCAGCAGGGUGCCUCUUACACCUGCCAGUGUCAGACUGGGUGGACUGGCCUGUACUGUGACAUCCCAAGUGUGUCUUGUGAGGUUGCAGCCAAACAGCAAGGUGUUGAAGUGGCUCAGUUGUGUAGGAAUUCAGGCCAGUGUCUGGAUGCUGGAAACACACAUUACUGCCGCUGCCAAGCUGGAUACACCGGAAGUUACUGCCAGGAACAGGUGGACGAGUGUUCACCCAAUCCUUGCCAGAAUGGAGCGACCUGCACUGACUAUCUAGGAGGUUACAGUUGCGAGUGUGUCCCUGGUUACCAUGGUGUGAACUGUUCAAAAGAGAUCAAUGAAUGUCAGUCUCAGCCUUGCCAGAACGGAGGCACCUGCAUCGACCUCAUCAACACCUACAAAUGCUCCUGUCCCAGAGGAACACAAGGUGUGCACUGUGAGAUUAAUUUAGAUGACUGCAACCCCUUCAGCGACCCACUAACCAAUGAGCCCAAGUGCUUCAACAAUGGCAAGUGUGUGGAUCGCAUUGGAGGCUACCAGUGUGUGUGUCCACCAGGUUACGUGGGCGAACGCUGUGAAGGUGAUGUCAAUGAGUGUUUGUCAGAUCCAUGUGACCCCAGAGGGUCCUACAACUGCAUCCAGCUGACCAACAGCUAUCGCUGUGAAUGCCGUACUGGAUAUACAGGUCAGCGCUGUGACAAGGUGUUUGAUGGCUGCAAAGGAAGCCCCUGCAGAAAUGGAGGGACGUGUGCUGUUGCUAGUAACACACCUCAUGGCUUCAUCUGUAAAUGUCCACCUGGCUUCACUGGCUCGUCUUGCGAGUAUGAUUCUCAUUCCUGUGGAAGUCUGAAUUGUAGGAAUGGUGGUACAUGUGUCUCAGGGCAUCUGGGCCCACGCUGCCUGUGUCCCUCUGCCUUUACUGGGCCUGAGUGUCAAACCCCGACUGACAGCCUCUGCAUCUCCAAUCCCUGUUACAAUGGUGGGACUUGCCACAUCACUCCUGAUGCUCCAUUCUUCCAGUGUAGCUGUCCUAGCAACUUCAAUGGCCUACUUUGCCACAUACUGGACUACUCCUUUGUAGGGGGUUUUGGUCGAGACAUCACUCCACCUCCAGAAGUGGAGGUGAGCUGUGAGCUUCCUCAGUGUGAUGAGUGGGCGGGAAACCACAUCUGCGACUCUCUGUGCAACAACCACGCCUGUGGUUGGGAUGGAGGAGACUGCUCGCUUAAUUUUGAUGAUCCCUGGCAAAACUGCUCUGCUGCUCUGCAGUGCUGGCGUUACUUCAAUGAUGGAAAGUGUGACGGCCAAUGUAACAGCCCAGGGUGUCUCUAUGAUGGCUUUGACUGCCAAGGACAGGAAGGACAGUGCAAUCCUCUAUAUGAUCAGUAUUGUAAGGACCAUUAUGCUGAUGGCCACUGCGACCAAGGCUGCAACAAUGCAGAGUGUGAAUGGGAUGGCCUGGAUUGUGCCAACAACAUGCCAGAGAAGCUUGCAGACGGACAUCUUGUGCUGGUGGUCCACAUUCCCCCAGAGGAGCUUAAAAACCGUUCCUCAUCCUUCCUCAGAGAGCUCAGCAGUGUUCUCCACACUAAUGUGGUGUUCCGCCGUGAUGCCAAAGGAGAGCCCAUGAUCCUUCCUUACUAUGGCAAUGAACAAGACUUGGUCAAACAUAACGUGCUUAAACGAUCUGCAGACAGCUGGCCCGAGUGGGCUUCGAUGCCGGCCAAUGUUUUUGACCAGGUGAAGGAGAGUGUGUCCUCCAUGGUCAGCUCACGGAAACGCAGAGAGCUGGAUUCUGUGCAAGUUAAAGGGUCUAUUGUGUACCUGGAGAUUGACAACCGUCAGUGUUACCAGCAGUCUACUGAAUGCUUCCAGAGUGCUACAGAUGUUGCUGCAUUCCUUGGAGCACUGGCCAGCAGUGGGAAUCUCAAUGUCCCCUAUAUUGAAGCUGUCACAAGUGUGAGACCACCUCCUCCCACUCAAGAGCUCUACCCUAUGUAUGUGGUCUUCCUGGGUUUGGCUGCCUUGGGAUUUGUUUGCCUGGGUGUCCUGGUGUCUCGUAAGCGGCGACGGGAGCAUGGUCAACUUUGGUUUCCCGAAGGAUUCAAAGUGUCAGAGCCCAGUAAAAAGAAACGUAGAGAACCGUUGGGAGAGGAUUCAGUGGGAUUGAAACCAAUGAAAAACUCUGACAUUAACCUAAUGGAUGACAAUCAAAAUGAAUGGGGUGAUGAUGAUCCUGAAUGUAGGCGUUUUAGGCUUGAGGAACAGGCCAUGUUGGAUUUGAGCGAUCACACUGACCAGAGGAAAUGGACCCAGCAACACCUGGAUGCAGCUGACCUGAGGAUUGCAUCCAUAGCGCCUACACCUCCUCAAGGAGAGAUAGAGAAUGACUGCAUGGAUGUCAAUGUUAGAGGACCAGAUGGUUUCACCCCCCUGAUGAUAGCCUCCUGCAGUGGCGGAGGCCUGGAGACUGGUAACAGUGAAGAAGAAGAGGACCCAUCAGCAGAAAUUAUCUCUGACUUCAUUUAUCAGGGUGCCAACCUCCAUAACCAGACUGAUCGCACAGGUGAGACUGCCCUCCACCUGGCCGCCCGUUAUGCCCGCUCAGAUGCCGCCAAGCGUCUCCUAGAAUCCAGCGCUGAUGCCAAUGUUCAGGACAACAUGGGUCGCACUCCACUUCAUGCUGCUGUCGCUGCAGAUGCACAGGGAGUGUUUCAGAUCUUAAUCCGAAAUCGCGCCACUGAUCUUGAUGCCCGAAUGCAUGAUGGAACAACGCCGCUAAUCCUGGCUGCCCGAUUGGCGGUUGAAGGCAUGGUUGAAGAGCUUAUCAACUGUCACGCUGAUGCUAAUGCCACUGAUGAUUCUGGUAAAUCUGCUCUUCACUGGGCUGCAGCUGUAAAUAAUGUGGAGGCUGCUGUGGUGCUGCUGAAAAAUGGCGCCAACAAAGACAUGCAAGAUAACAAAGAGGAGACACCACUGUUCCUUGCUGCCCGUGAAGGAAGUUUUGAGACUGCAAAGGUUCUUCUGGAGCACUUUGCCAACCGUGAGAUCACCGACCAUCUUGACCAGCUGCCCAGAGAUAUUGCCCAGGAACGUAUGCAUCAUGAUAUUGUUCGGCUUCUGGAUGAGUAUAACGUGGUUAGAAGUCCUGGACUCCACAGUACCCCACUCAGCACGUCCACCCUUUCCCCUCCCCUCUGCUCCCCUAAUGACUAUCUCAGCAACCUCAAACCCAGUCACUCUGUCAAGAAGGUUCGAAAACUUAGCUCUGGUGGGAAAGGAGGCAAGGAUGGUGCCAAAGACAACAGGAUGAAGAAGAAAAAGUCUCUAGAUGGAAAGAGUAACUUGUUAGACACAUCAGCUGUUCUCUCUCCAGUUGAUUCCCUCGAGUCACCCCAUGGCUACCUUUCCGAUGUGGCAUCUCCUCCCAUGCCUUCACCCUUCCAGCAGUCCCCGCCUAUGUCUCUAAAUCACUUACAAGGCAGUGGAGACUCCCAUACGAUCCAGAUUAAUAUGGGUAAGGAUAUGAGCUGCAUGGCUUUUGACCCUAACCCGCCUCGUCUUUCUCACCUGCCUGUGUCCAGUCCGAGCACUCAGGGGACGACAUCCCUAGGUGGCAGCAGAGGAGGUCAAUGCGACUGGGUCUCCAGAAUGCAUCCCAGUGUAGGCCAGCAAGGAAGCUUUACUCAAGGGCCACCUAUGACACACAAUAUGAUGGGUCCCCUACAUGGUGUCAGUACUGCCACUUUGUCUCAGAUAAUGGGCUACCAGAACCUGCAGACCAGCCACCUUGGCUCAUCUGCACACAUGAUGCAAGCUCACUCACGGCAGCUCCAGCACCAGAACUCCAACUCCACCACAGCUGGUCAAACCCUCAGCCAGAGUUUCCCAAAUAUUGAGCUGAAUGGCUCUGACAUGCAGCAAAACAGCGGCUCAGGUCGCUCUGUGACCAUCCACACAGUGAUGCCGCAGGAGACGCAGAUGCUCGGCACCCAGUUUCUGACCCCUCCCUCCCAGCAUAGCUAUUCAGGCCCCAUGGACAACACACCUAGUCAUCAGCUACAGGUGCCUGACCACCCUUUUCUAACCCCCUCUCCUGGCUCCCCUGACCAGUGGUCCAGCUCAUCCCCACAUUCCAACAUGUCUGAUUGGUCAGAGGGCAUCUCCAGCCCUCCUACAAGUAUCCACUCACAAAUGAAUCUGAUCCCAGACCAGUUUAAAUAAAGACUUGUAACAUCCACCGUACCCUCACAUCGAACAGAUAUACAGUAAACACAAACUCUUAUCACAAAGAUGGUGACAAACUUGUCUCAAGACUGAAGAUGGUCCUUUUUCUAUCAGUUUUUAAUACUAAUAAGAGCAGUUUUAGUUAUUUUGUAUUUAUUUAUGUACCUUUUUUUACCUGAAAGAAAAAGAUUAUUUUAUAUUUAUGCUUUAAUUUUUUUGUUUUGUUUUGUUUUUGUUGUGUUGUGUAUAAGAGCAUUAGAAACUGUUGAAAAGGAGUGUGUAUCAAAAAGAAAGCCUCCUUGAUGUGUACACUGGUUAUUUAUUUGUCUUGUGUUGAUAUAUUCACUGGAUUUAUUUUAAUCUUUUGUCGCAUCAGUUUUCACAAAUUUGUUAUUCUGCCGUUUUACGUUGCUUUAUAUUUGUACAGAUUUUUUUUUUACUUUCAUAGAAUAUUUUAAAUGUUCAGUAUUAAGUAAUUAUAAUUUAACCUCCUUUUUUCUUUUUAAGUGACAAAUUUUGUCACCGAACUACAUUUCACUAAGUCUUAUCACUGAUUCUUUAGACAUUGAUUUAAUAUAUUUAUAAAAAGUGUCACCUUACAGAAUAUCACUUGUUACGCUGUCUUCUCUGAACAAAAUGAAAUAAACAGUAACUAAGAAAAGGUAGAACUGGAGAUUUUGGACCUUAAAGCACAGAACAAAUAUCCCUUAUAUACUUUUUAGAGUUGAAAAUCAUCUAUAUAAAGCUGAGCCUGUUUUUAAUUAAUGAAUUAUGGUCUGGGCUGGUGCUGAGUAAUCUGAUUUGUGAUCAUUUGUGAUGCAAGGAUUGCCUCUUUGUUUCAGAUUUCUUUACAAAUCACUGAUAAUGGUUACUGUGUUUAACCUGUUAAGUGUUAAAUUGCAGACAUGUUGUGGAAUGUUUGAAUGUUACAUUUGCCAGUUUUAAGACGUGCCAGUGUGAUUUUUGUUUUUCUCAUGAAAAGCAAUACAUUUCUGAGAUUUCUUGUAAAAAUGUCUUCACAGAGGAAAGCAUUGUUUGUAAAAGAAAUGGGGACCUUCAUGUUUUUAAAGACAUCACCUGCACUUUGUAAAGGAGUGUGGUUUAAGGUGUCAAAAUGUCAUGUUUUAUAAACUAAUCCAGAAGUAAAAAUAUGUUUUUAAGAAGUUAAAAAAGAGGAUUUGAAUUUUUCAUGCACAGUUGUAGUUUGCAAAGAAAUAUUUCCUGAUUAAAAUGUUUUGUAAAGUUGUCAUGAUUCAAUAAACAGCUACUGUUAAGCC